UAGUGAGGAGCCCCAGGCGUUACGGCCCUCGUGUCUCUUGGUGGUCGGAACUAGAACCUCUGGGGACGCGCACGGUGUUCCAGGCGUUCUUUCCAGUCACCGCCCUCCGUCCCCUCCCGAGGCCUGCAGGAACGCAGUUCGACCGCACUUCCCAUGGCUUCCGCGCCAAUUGCUCCCCCGGAACCGAGGGAGAAGUGAUCUAGGCCCCUUUGAUUUCUCGCAGCGUUUUCUCACCCCGCCUUUCAGAUCGCUCAGGAAUCGUCCCCGCAGACUCCCUGCCCAGACGAGCCCCGUCUCUUCCCACCACUAACCCCUGGUCCAACACACAUGCAGAGCUACCUGUGAUCGUACCACCCGUGAUCAUACUAGGCCAUGGAGACAGCCUUGCCCGUGGCUUUUCAGCUGCCCCUGGGACGACCCCGAGCUACCCCUCACGCCGGUGGCUGCUGUCUCCACUUGCAGCUUCCCUCUCCCGACCCCCUAGCAGCCAGUUGGGGCACUUCUCCGCACCACCAUUUCCCUCAGCCAGGAGUGUGCAGGCCCCUGCUUUUUGGUUGGGUUGACUGAAAGUUUGUUAGUGUGUGUGCCAAUGUUUGUGCUGUGUUCUCUCGGAAAGGUGUCAGCCCGAUUUGUAUUUUUCGGGGCUUUGAGAACCUUGUCUGUCUUGGUCCCUGCUGGGGAGCAGUGCCACAUCCAGGCUCUUACUUAGAGGCUGGGCUUAGAACUGUUGCUCUUUCUCCAUCCACACGCUGCAGAUGACACCCAGGGCAGCCUCACUCACAAACCGCGAGGAAUGCUAGUGGAGUCCCUCGUUUCUCCUCCCAACGUGUCUCCCAGGCCGCCCCAUGGGCCUCGAUCCAGAAAGCCACUUCGGAAAGGUGGUGGGGUAGCCAUAGGAGGCUUGUCGUUGGGAAAUGGGUGGCAGCAGAGCAGUUAAGGUUUGGGGCCAUGUGUCUUGAGUAACUUUCUGUUCUUACUGCCCAGCAUAAGAAGGUGGGCAGGUAUGGAGGGAGGAAGGGACUAGUUCCCCCUGUGACCAAACACCUGUGAUUCAUAAUCUUUUCCCCCUUUCUCCUCCAGCUGUACCCCUUUUGCACUCUUUCUGUAUACUGUAUUGCAGUAGACAGUCCUUUCAAGGCACAGCAAGGUUUAUUACAAUGUGAGGGACUCUUAUGCAUUACAAACUAUACAGAUGAGGUAAGUUACAGGUGUAUGUUUUUUGUUCCAGUUAAUUUGACUCAGGCAUAAAACACAUAACACUCAAUCCUAGACUCUCUCUACUUUUUCAAACCCUCCUGUAAAUUUGGCCAACACUGGAAAAGUUGGAUCCUUUCUGCUUGAACUUCAGAUUUACUUCCUUUGCCUUAGGUGCUGGUUCUCAACUUUAUCAUGCAUCUUAAGCACCUGAAGAGCUUGUUAAACACUGAUUGGUGUUGCUACCCACAGAGUUUCUGAUAAUAGGUCUGGGCUGGAGCUUGAGAAUUUGCAUUUCUAACAAGCUCCUAGGUGCUGGUGCUGCUGGCCUGGGUUUCUCACGCUGAGAACCACUGCCUUUGGCCAAAGUUCUUCACAUAACUGCAGUGGUUUGGGGAUCAAAAGACCUGUGAGUACUUCCGUGCUGAAAACUAGUGAUAUGGUCUUGUGUGGGUAAUUUAACCACCUAGCUCUGAGUUCUUUCAUUUGUAGAAUUAAGAAAGUGUACUUUAAGAAAAAACUCUAAAUGCUUUAUCUUAUGCCAAAUUGAUGAAAUAUUGAUAAGUUUUUCCCUUGAUUUGCUUAUUUCUCUUGAUAAGAGCUUUUUCAUCAUAUAGCUUAUACCCAUAUUCUAGGUUUUUUACUGUGAACCCUUGGUAUGUAAAGUCCCUGCUAUUUCUUUUUUUUUUUUCCUGCUAUUUCUUACUUAUAUGCGUAUGUUAAAGUCUUUAAGGUUAGCGCCUGUGCUUUUUGCAUCUUUCUCAGCCUAGCACCUUGAAUUGUGUGGGACACAAAAUUGAUGCUCAGCAGGUAUUUGGAUUGAAUCAACUAUAUCCCCUGCCCACCUGCUCCCUUGAAGUUUUUCUCCACUAAUCCUAUGCCACAUAGUAAAGCAGUAGGUGGUUAUGCCAUCUGAUUCUUCCAGGAGAUUGGAGUAAAUGCUAAUGCCAAAUGCUGAUAACACUCCCUGUGAGUGGUUUAUUUCCCAGAAGCCCUUGCAACCCUGAUUCUGAAUUUCAGUGUUUCUAUAUCCAAGUUGGGGGAAGAGAAAUAGCUUAACUAAAUUUAACACAUUUAUUGAACACCUUUUCUACCAAGUAUUUGACAAAGUGUUGGAAAUAUGCAAAUGAAGAGGUCCUUGCCCUUAGGGGCAGCACUCACAGAAGAAGAUAAAGAUGCUAAACAGUUCCCACAACAAGAAUGGCAUCCUGGGAUGACUUCUGCUUUGGACCAUGAUUUAGUCCAGGGGUCAGCAAACUGCGGCUCGCGAGGCACAUGCGGCUCUUUGGGUCCCUUGGGAGAAACUCCUUGAGGUGCCCGGGCUGAGACUGGGGUGUAAUGACAGCGUGAGAUCUGGUCAGAACCUAUCUCCCAGAGGGAUGAGCCAGUGCUUGAGACUUCGCACCAGAACUUCCGAUGCUUUCGCUACCAGGAAGCAGCAAGCCCUCGAGACGCUCUCAUUCGACUCCGAGAACUUUGUCGUCAGUGGCUGAGGCCAGAGAGGCGGACGAAGGAGCAGAUCCUAGAGCUGCUUGUGCUGGAACAGUUCCUUACCGUCCUGCCUGGAGAACUGCAGAGCUGGGUGCGGGGCCAGCGGCCAGAAAGUGGCGAGGAGGCAGUGACACUGGUAGAGGGUUUGCAGAAACAACCCAGGAGACCAAGGCGGUGACUGUCCAUGUUCAUGGCCAGGAAGUCCUGUCAGAGGAGACAGUGCAUCCAGGAGCAGAGCCUGAGUCACCUCGUGAGAUGCAGGAUCCUGUGCAGACCUUGACCCUUGAGGAGUCCCAUGAGGAGACCACACAGAGCCCAGAUCUCGGGACACCAGAAGAGCAGAGCCUGUGCCAUGAAUUGGAGUUCCAGCCUCUGCAGGAGAGCGAGGUUCCGGUACCCCAGGACCCAGACCUUCCUGAGGAGAGGAGCACUGGAAACCCAGAGAUGGUUGCCCUUCUCACAGCUCUAUCACAGGGACUGGUCACUUUCAAGGAUGUGGCUGUAUGCUUCUCCCAGGACCAGUGGAGUGACCUGGAUCCAGCGCAGGAAGAGUUCUAUGGAGAAUAUGUCUUGGAAGAAGACUGUGGAAUUGUGGUCUCCUUAUCAUUUCCAAUCCCCAGACUAGAUGAGAUCUCCCACAUUAGAGAAGAAGAGCCUUUGGUCCGAGAUAGCCUAGAACUUCAAGAGCCUCAAGAGCCGGAGAUCCUGAGUUUUACCUACACAGGAGAUAGGAGUGAAGAUGAGGAAGAGUUUCUUGAGCAAGAAGAUCUGAGUUUGGAGGACCUACACAGGUCGGUUGUAGGAGAUUUAGAAAUUCAUCAGACUCCAGAUUGGGAGAUAAUCUUUGAGGAUGAUCCAGGUAGACAUAGUGAAAGAAGAUUUGGUACAAAUAUUUCUCAAGUUAAUAGUUUAACAAAUCUUCGAGAAACUACGCCUAUCCACUCCCUGUUAGGGAGACAUCAUGACUGUCCUGUAUGCGGAAAAAGUUUUACGUGUAACUCCCACCUUGUUAGACACCUGAGAACUCACACAGGAGAGAAACCCUAUAAGUGUAUGGAAUGUGGAAAAAGUUACACACGGAGUUCACAUCUUGCCAGGCACCAAAAGGUUCACAAAAUGGGCACUCCUUAUAAAUUUCCCCUAAAUCGGAAGAAUUUGAAUGAGGCCUCCCCUCUGGUCCAGGCUAAGAGAACUUCAUCUGUUGAGAAACCGUAUAGAUGUGACGAUUGUGGAAAACACUUCCGCUGGACUUCAGACCUUGUUAGGCAUCAAAGGACACAUACAGGAGAAAAACCCUUCUUCUGUACUAUUUGUGGCAAAAGCUUCAGCCAGAAAUCAGUGCUAACAACACACCAAAGAAUCCACCUGGGAGGCAAACCCUACUUGUGUGGAGAGUGUGGAGAGGACUUCAGUGACCACAGGAGGUACCUGGCACACCGGAAGACCCAUGCAGCUGAGGAGCUGUAUCUCUGUAGCGAGUGUGGUCGGUGCUUCAACCAUAGUGCUGCAUUUGCCAAGCACCUGCGAGGACAUGCCUCCGUGAGGCCCUGCCGAUGCAAUGAAUGUGGGAAAAGCUUUAGUCGGAGGGACCACCUCGUCAGGCAUCAAAGAACACACACUGGCGAGAAACCAUUCACAUGCCCUACCUGUGGGAAAAGUUUCAGCAGAGGCUAUCACUUAAUCAGGCAUCAGAGGACCCACUCAGAAAAGACCUCCUAGCUAGGUCCCCAUGUGAGGAGAUCUGCAUUCAGCCCUGACCCAGAGAUGAGCUAGAAGAAGCCCUGUGGUCAGCCUGGGAAGACCUUUUCCAGGGAGUCUCCCUUACUUGCCCAGAUCAAUAUAACCUCUUCCCACAAUUAAGUAAAAUCCCUGGGCAGAACCUCUCAACCUUCUUUUACUCCUUGAGGAGCUACUUUGCCCAAAGUACAACCUGAGUUGAGGCUUUGCCUUAACUGGAGUGCUCUUGCCUCUACCUCAUGGGUAUGAAGUAGGAGAAUUAGAAGACGUAAGAGGUUAUGGUUAUAAUUAUUUUCCUCAGAAUAGGCUGUUAGAUAUCCUAAUGACUAUUCAACAGCCUCAAGUUUAAAGUGGCCCAGGACAACCCCUUAGGUUUGGUACGGGACCAGCCUGUAGGACCCUGUCCUUACUAGGCUCAGAUCUUAAAGCACACAGCCCUGAACUCGAGGCCGGAGAUUUGCAUCCUGAUGGCUUUGCCACAUAUUCACAGGAUAACUGUACACAUCUUACCGAUUCACUUCCUCACCAUGCACUUGCCUUGAUACUGGGGAGAGGUGGGAGAAGUAUUUGAUGGGCGAAAACCUCAAGGCUGCCUCACAUGGACCUUGUCAAGGUGCUCACUUCCCCAUUGUCAAAGUGAAACCAGGAGCCAGACACUGCUAGAAAGGAGAACCUAGCCAGAAGCCUCUUUUCCUUGUGGGGUGUGUUUUUUUCCUGUUAGAAGUCUCAUGCCAUUAGCCUUCCCAUUAUUCUACCAGUCGCUUGGUUUUGUCCCUAGCACUUUUUUCUACUACAAGUGGGGUGUAGCAUUUGGGUGCCAACGGAUUUAGUAAAGGAUAAUGAAAUCAUUUACAUUUCCACAUAUGUACAAGCCCAACCUUUUCACAGGGGUUUGUGAGGGAAUUUUGGAACAGUCAGCUUACAAAGGCAGUAUCAUAAUUGUAGAAUCAUGGUUGACUGGAUCACCUCACUUACAUGAAGAAAACGAGAAGACCUGACAUCAAAUUAUGGAAAAAUUAAGAAAAAGCUGUUGCUGGGAGCCAAGGCUAUCAAGACAUUUCUCCUGACACCCCACCGCCAUCAUCCCUUCCCGGGUUCUCUGAUAUCAGGGAAAAUCACAAAAACCCCAGCACCUGGGACCCUGAAGAAUUUACUGGGAGUAAAACGGCUUUCAUGUAUUUUCAUUGUUUGCUUUUUCUUAUGUGAUUUCAUUUUCAUGUAAUUAAGAACUAAAUAGUAGUUCUCAUGGCCCAAGGAUCUCUGUUGCCUGAUAAAAUUUCCAUGGAGAUGAGGCUGAAUAAUUAUGAACCUCAUGUGCUCUGAUUGUGGGAGUGUCAAGGACUGGGGAGACUGUCCUCCAUAAAUGGAGCACAGGGUAUGGGAUUAAAGCAUGAGAAGGGAGA